AUGGCAGCCACCGCAAACGGCCACGAGCACGAGAGCAGAGCUCACCACGCCAUCGAAUCUCUGAAAAAUCACACUACCAAUCGCCAUCAGCCAGAACAAGUCGCGCCCAGCGCGGCAACCCUUCAGGCAACUCAGCGUCCAGUCGCCGAGCACUCUCGUGGCGUUGGAAGCAGGCCUCAGAUCGUGAGCACCAGCGACGAUGUCGACGUUCUCUGUGGACCGCUCCUCAACUACAAGCGCAUGAGCAAUGAGCAUACAGAACAACCACAAUGGCACGGCAGCGUCUUAAUUGUCACCACGGCCGGUACGCGACCUGGCGAGCUGGCUCUCAACUGUGUUGGACCUGUGGGAGCUACAAAUGGACAGACGGGGCCGCAAGAGCAGCGUUUCAAUGCACAGCUAUUGUUCGAGGAUCCAAGGAAGGGUUUCUGGCGAUACGAGAUUGAUGCGCCAUUCUUGGAGCAAGAGAUGACUUGGGAAUACACGAUUGCAAAGAUGAGAGGAGCAUCCGACAAACAACCACUGCGCAGGACGCAGAAGUUCGUUGUGCCGUCCAAGCACGAGAGCAUGCGUAUCAUGUUCCACUCGUGCAACGGCUUCAGUGUAGGCACCGAUGUCGAGUCCUGGAAGGGACCGUGUUUGUGGAACGAUGUGCUGCGUGUUCACGAGAAGAAGCCAUUCCACAUCAUGAUCGGUGGUGGCGACCAGAUCUACAACGACAGUGUCCGCGUUGACGGUCCGCUCAAGGAAUGGACUGCUAUCAACAACCCCAAGAAGCGCCGUGAUUAUCCCUUUGGCGAGGACCUGCGUCGCAGAUGUGACGAUUUCUACUUCGAAAACUACACCCGCUGGUAUGGAACCGAGCCGUUCUCGACCGCCAAUGCACAGAUUCCUCAACUCAACAUCUGGGAUGAUCACGACAUUAUCGAUGGGUUCGGCUCGUACACUGAUCACUUCAUGAAGUGUGCUGUUUUCCGUGGCAUUGGAGGCGUAGCGCACAAGUACUAUCUGCUAUUCCAGCACCACGUCCCACCACCGCCGUCAACGUACACCACGGAUGCCCCGCAGACCACUCGUGUCACGGGAGAGACCACCGCGGCCGACUCUGUGCAGCUGAAGGACACAUAUGUCAUGGUUGCGGAUCAGGAGGACCCUAGUUUCAUCAUGGGCCAGAGCCCUGGUCCGUAUGUGGAGGAGCGCAGUCGCAGCAUUUACUGUCAGCUUGGAAAACGCAUCUGCUUCCUCGGCGUCGAUGCUCGUACCGAGCGAACAAGACAUCAGGUCAACUACCCUGAGACAUACAACAAGAUCUUUGGCCGUGCCAGCGACGAGAUUGCCAAAUCGAACGGUGCCAUCAAGCACAUGGUCCUUCUUCUGGGUGUUCCAAUCGCAUACCCGAGAUUGCAGUGGUUGGAGAACAUUCUGUCUUCUCCACUGAUCGGUCCCAUCAAGCUUCUGAACAAGAGGUUCGGUGUCGGUGGCGGACUCUUCAACGACUUUGAUGGAAGUGUCGAUCUUCUUGACGAUCUCGACGAUCACUACACGGCUCACCAGCACAAGAAGGAGCGCAAGGUGCUGAUACUCCGUCUUCAAGAGCUCGCCAAGAAGCACAGCGUUCGCAUCACCAUCCUCGGAGGUGACGUUCACUUGGCGGCCAUUGGUCGGUUCUACAGCAACCCCAAGCUCAAGAUUCCCGCCGAGCAGGAUUGGAGAUACAUGCCCAACAUCAUCAGCUCCGCCAUCACUAACAAGCCACCUCCACAAGCCGUCGCCAACUUGCUCGCCAAGCGCAACAAGAUUCACCAUCUCGACCACGAGACCGACGAGACUCUGCUCGAGAUGUUCGACAAGAACCCAGGAGAAGGCGAGCAAGGCGUCGAGCCCAAGACUGCAUCCACCAACCAUGCCACUAUGCCGAGCCGCAACUAUGCCAUCAUUUGCGAGUCAAACUCCCACGCCGCGCAGACCAACGGCACGAACGGCAUGAAUGGCGCGGCGAAUGGCGUCAGCCACGAGCUCGGAAAUACAGCCGACAACACCCACUUCGAGCUGCCUAAGAACAUGCGCGAGGCUCUCCACAAAGGCGAGUCGAACUGCGGUACGAAGCACCAAGCCGCUCAAGGAGUGGAGAAGACCGGCCUGGCUGGUGUCGAUGGCCUGGACGUAACGAUCAGAGUGGAGAUCAGCCAGGGUGACCGCACAGGACGCACGGAGGGUUAUGGCAUCAGCAUUCCUGCAUUACAGGCUGGCGCUUACGCGGGCCAAGGCGAGAAGUGGUAG